GGGGGGGUUCUCUCAGUUUCUCUCUGAUCUUACAAUAGAUUGAUACAGAAGUCGUGUUCGACGAUGUCUUUAACAAACUUGUUACCUGCCCCCACCCAAGUGGUGUGGGACAGGGAGGAUGAGGCACGCGAACAAAAACUGCGCCAGAGGCCCGUCUCAGCGUUGGUCAAAGCUGUCGUCACCGCACCACCUUAUGGACAGCGACGAGGAUGGGUGCCACGCACUCCAGAAGACUUUGGAGAUGGAGGAGCCUUCCCCGAAAUUCACGUUGCGCAGUAUCCACUUGGAAUGGGGAUGAAGGGCAAGGAAUCGACAAGCAAUGCCCUGGCGAUACAACUCGACGCUCAAGGAAAAGUAAAAUAUGAUCUUAUAGCAAGACAAGGUCAUGGUAAAGAUAAAAUUGUCUAUAGCAAGUUGAGCGAUUUGCUACCAUCAGAAAUUACAAACGAGGAAGAUCCUACCUUGCAACGACCUGUCGAUGACGAAAUUGAAGAAACCACGGAUAAGACGAAAAAAGCGUUAGAAAAGAUAACGAGAUCGAAGAUUGCGGCGGCCAUGCCCGUGAGAUGUGCGGAGAAACAAGCUCCGGCUCAAUAUAUACGUUAUACGCCGUCGCAGCAAGGGCAAUCGUUCAAUUCAGGCGCAAAGCAGAGGGUUAUCAGAAUGGUGGAAGCACAAGUAGAUCCUCUGGAACCACCGAAAUUCAAGAUUAAUAAAAAGAUUCCGCGAGGACCCCCGUCUCCUCCAGCGCCUGUCAUGCAUUCUCCCACGAGAAAAGUGACGGUGAAGGAACAAAAAGAAUGGAAAAUUCCACCGUGCAUAAGUAAUUGGAAAAACGCAAAGGGUUAUACAAUUCCGUUAGACAAGCGUCUUGCUGCGGACGGUCGGGGCUUGCAACAAGUUCACAUCAACGAGAACUUUGCCAAGCUAGCAGAAGCUCUUUACAUCGCUGACAGAAAAGCCCGUCAAGCUGUCGAAAUGCGCGCGCAGUUAGAGAAGAAAUUGGCUCAGAAGGAGAAAGAGAAGAAGGAGGAUAAUUUGAGGCAACUCGCGCAAAAGGCCCGAGAAGAGCGCGCCGGCUUGAAAUCUGCCGCGACGCUAGAUAAGGCUGAAGAAUCACGCGAGAGAGACCAACUCAGACAAGAGCGGCACAAGGAUCGCGCUCGCGAACGUAACUUGGCUCGCGCUGCGCCUGACAAACGGUCUCGUUUGCAACGCGAACGCGAACGCGACAUCAGCGAGCAAAUCGCUCUCGGCUUACCCGCAAAAAGCAUUCCUAGUUCGGGAGAGGCGCAGUUCGAUCAGCGUCUCUUUAAUACCAACAAAGGGAUGGACAGCGGUUUCGGACACGAUGACGAGUAUAACGUCUAUGACAAGCCGUGGAAAGAUGGCAAUUCUAUCGCUUCGCACAUUUAUCAUCCCAGCAAGAAUAUCGAUAAAGACACGUACGGAGACGAUUUGGAGAAACUAGUUAAGACAAAUAGAUUCGUUCCUGACAAGGAAUUUAGCGGAGUCGAUAGAUCAGUCGCUCGAUCAGGACCGGUACAAUUUGAGAAAGACGAAGAGGAUCCUUUCGGUUUGGAUCAGUUCUUGAAACAGGCCAAGCGCGCCAGUAGCUCGACCACGACAACAACAAAGCGCAAAGAUGAACGCGAACAGCGUAGAGACGAUCGUGAUAAACGUAGGAAGCAUUAAGUAUGUUUAAUGCUUUCAUAUAUCACGCGAGACAUUCUUAAGGCUCCUGGGCUCUUUCCUGACAUCUCAUGAGAUGUGACGUCAGAAGCGAGAAAUGUUGAGAAUUGACACGUUGAGAAUUCUUGCGUAGUAUUUCCAAAUAAAAAGAUAUUUGCUUAAAAUAACACUACAGAUCACUUCAUCACACUUUGAAAAUACUCCGAGUUGAAGUUAAGUCUACCCCCUUUCUCUUGACAGUUAAUAAACAGCCGUAAAAUGAAUGUAAUACGAAAUCUAGUUAUGCGCCUGUGCACAAGCCUGCAUCGUAUCACAUUCGUUUUACGGCUUUAUUAACUGUCAAGGGAAAGAGGUAGACUUAACCUCAACUCGGAGUAUUUUCGAAGUGUGCUGCAGUGAUCUGUAGUGUUAUUUUAAGCAAAUAUUUUUUUUAUUUGGAAAUACUACGCAAGAAUUUUCAACGUGUAAUUUCUCGCUUUUUUCUCACAACAUGGCUGCGACGAGUACCCAGGAGCCUUAAAAGUUUAUUUCAUUGUUAUGGCACGAAUCUUACUCUCUGGGCACGAUUAAAAAAACCAUUGGAAAACAUAGAAUAUGUAACACAAUUUAUUUUUAUUUAUAUACAUAUACAUAGAUAUAUAAAUAAAAAGACAUUACUUUUUAAAUAUAAUUAAUUAUUAAUCAUUGUGAAGAUGUAUUGCACACUUCUGCUUUGGAAUGUUAGGAAACAUAGCAAGCAACCCUAUGUUUUGUCAUUAUAUUAAAUUCUUGGAUCGCAUCUUGAGUAUUCUUAUUUUUAAUUUGUAUAAAUCUAGAAAAGAAUUUUAUACAGCACACGAACCACAAUUAAUAAAACUUGCUGAUAUUGCUAUGCCGUUGUAUGUACACUUCUUUUUAAUGAAGCAAAAUUUCCAUGAAGAUUAUGGUAGCAUAAUGUGUAUGAAAAUUUUAUCUUCUACCCACAAUUUUCCGUUCUAUUUUUAUAACUUGCUUCACGGAAAAGCAAACGCGUUUUACAUUUUAAUAAGAAAGCUUCAACGAAUUUAAUACCGAAGAAUACUGUAAGAGGGACUUUACAGGUCGCUUUAUGAGUGGAAAUUAUUGCUUUAUUUUCAUUUAUUCUACCUUGGAUUUUUUUUCGCAGAAUAACGCAGUGUUUCGCGUUUUUUAUCGUUAACCACUUAUUCUUGCCGUAACACUGAAUAAACUUUUAAAAAAUCUCGUAUAAUAAAUGCAAUUAUACAUAAAUGUGAAAUAUAUAACUGGAAGAAAAUUAUCUUUUAAUUUUUAUUGGAGAGAUCUAAACUGUUUUUAAUUCGUAACGCGAGAAUUAACAGAAAAAAUGCUUAAAGCUGCGAUUUAAAAGUCGGUAUAUAUUCAUAGUCAAAUCUUAUAUAUAAGAUCGUCUUAAUAUCUUCAGAUACUCUAUAGCCAAUAAAACGAGUCGUACAGCGUUUGAAGAUGAACUUGAGACGAUCUUAAAUAUAAGCUAUGAAUAUCGCCCUACAAAUCUGAAUAUUUUCUGAAUUCCGAAUAAUUUCUGAAUAAUAUCUGCAUAAAUUCAGGGAUUGAUUAAAAAAAAAAAAAUUU